UUCCAUUAUCCCUCCUCCUCUUCCUGUUUCAGUGGGAGGCUGCAGUAUUCUGCUGAGUCGCAGUGAGCCUGUCGGAGGCUGCAGAAUUCUGCUGAGUCGCGGUGAGCCAGUCGGAGGCUGCAGUAUUCUGCUGAGUCGCGGUGAGCCAGCAUUUCGCUCUCUCUGCCUCCAGCCGACUGAGAGACGAGAAUCACAGAGUCCUGGAAGAGGAAACUUCAGCACCCACAAUCCUCAGCUCGCAGCCCAGACUGUUGCUGGGCCUGGAGUGAAGUCCCAUGGAACUCUGGGAGUUGCAGUCCUUGCUACCCGGCUGCAGGUAGAGACAGACAGAGAGGCAGAGAGGCAGAGAGGCAGAGAGACAGAGAGACAGACAGACAGAGAGAAAGAGAGACAGAGACGUGCGAUGACAGCCAUUGGAGAGACAGGAAGGACAUGAACACCUGUUUCCUGGAAACUGCUGAGUCAUGUCUGCCGACCUGGACGAUACAGACAACGUGUUUGACCUGAACGAGGUCCCGGAGACGGAGCUGCUGGAUAACAGCAUCCAGAAAGGCCGAGCCCAGCUGUCCGUCAAAGCUCGGCGGUCCCGCCCCUCCCGGUCUCGUUACCGUGACAGCGUGAGCUCCACGGAGGGAGACGACAGUCUGGAGAGGAAGGACAGUCCCUUACACUGGGCCCGCUCUCCGCUCCACCUGCGAGGCUCCUCCCCUUCUCCUGAUUCGCUGCUGUCUGCCCGAAGCUCCGCUUUCUCCUUCGACACAUCCCUGGUGCGUGGCUCUCCGGAGGAUGACGGAGCGCCAUUGGCCCCGCCCCCCAGGGGUCGUUACCGUCAGCUUACCAACGCCACGUCUCAGGAGCCGCUGGUGACGCCAAACAGCUCACCCACACGGAGGAGGAACAGGAGGCCGGACAGUGAAGUGUUGGUUUCUGACUCGAGUCGGGACACGAGUCCGGCUGAUCCUGGCAGUCCGAAUGUCGUCUUUGACAAGAAAACCAAGAGACGCUUCCUGGACCUCGGGGUGACUCUGAGGCGGUCCUACAUCCGGGUGAGGAAAGAUAAAUCCAACAGACUCUCUGUGGGCAGCAGAGAGCCAUCUGAGAGUCCGUCUCGCUCUUCGGGAUCCUUCGUCCCAUUCUCCUGGUUCUCUGAAGGACGGGGGUCUCUCUCCUCCUCCGGGACCCCCCCCGGAUCCCCCAAAGUCGCUCCACCCAACUCCUCUGGACCCCAAAAGUCUGACUCACAGGAGUCAGCUUUAAGCGAGGAGUACUCUCCUCCUCACACCACCUCCUCUCCUCCCGCUGACUCCUCCAGAUCCUCCCAUCCUUAUCACACGCUGUCACAGUCCUCAGACGAGCCUCUGGAGGAGGCGCUGUGUCUCGUGUCGUCAUGGACGACGCAGCAGGUCUGUGAUUGGCUGAGAGGACUCCACAUGGAGCAAUACGUCCCAGAAUUCAAUGCGAGGGACGUGGAUGGACAGACGCUGCUGCAGAUGGACGGAAACAAGCUGAAGGCUCUGGGCGUGCUCAGUUCGUCCGAUCGCAGCGCUCUGAAGCGACGCAUCAAAGAUUUCCUCUCUGCAGCCGAGAAGGAGAGAAAAGCUCUGGACAAGAUGGAGAGACAGAGAGACAAACAGAGACAGCGCAGGAACUGAGGGGGA